AUGGGAAUCCGCAGGUGCCCCCUCAGUCACCUGAUCCCCCUCCUCCUCUUCCUGUUCCCUGCAGAGACUGCCUGCCGGCCCUCGGGGAAGAGGCCCUACGAGAUGCAAGUCUUCAGAAUCUGGGAUGUCAACCAGAAGACCUUCUACCUGAGGAAUAACCAGCUAGUUGCCGGAUACUUGCAAGGACCAAAUACUAAACUAGAAGAGAAGAUAGACGUGGUGCCCGUCAAGCUCGAGCCCCAUGCUGUGCUCCUGGGGAUCCAUGGCGGGAAGCUGUGCCUGGCCUGUGUCAAGGUUGGAGAUGAGAUCAGGCUCCAGCUGGAGGAGGUUAACAUCACUGACCUGAGCAAGACCAAGGAGGAGGAGAACAAGCGCUUCACCUUCAUCCGCUCAGACAGCGGCCCCACCACCAGCUUUGAGUCGGUCGCCUGCCCUGGCUGGUUCCUCUGCACGGCGCUCGAGGCAGACCAACCCGUCAGCCUCACCAACACACCCAAGGAGGCCAUGAGGGUCACCAAGUUCUACUUCCAGCAAGACUAG